CUUCGUCUUAAGAGGCAGUGAGUAGGAUGGUGUCCACGUAUUGUCACUCUACCUGGCCGCCGUCAUGACUAUCCAGCGCAAGGCCGACACCAAGACGACGCUCACGAACGGAUGGUCGUUCUCGCAGGUCAAGUCGGCGGCAUUCCCUGAUGCCGCCGAGGAGUGGGUCGAGUGUGCUGUCCCGACCGGCGUGCAUGUCGAACUUGAGCGCGCGGGCAAGAUUCCAGACGUGUUCAAGGGCCUCGCAGAGUGGGACGUGCAAUGGAUCCAAGAGGCCGACUGGACGUUCAAGACGACGUUUGACGCCGACGCGCUACAGCAGGCCGCGACAGGCGCCGACCUGGUUUUCGAUGGCCUGGACACGUAUUGCACCGUCUUGUUGAAUGGCGAGGUACUUGCAUCCACGUCAAACAUGUUCCACGAGCACCGUGUCGCCGUCGCCGGCAAGCUCAAGGACCACAACUCGCUAGAGUUGCGCUUCGCCUCGCCGUGGUACGCUGCCAAGGCGGCCGAGGCGGCGCACGGCGGCCCACGUCCCGUGUCCAACGGCGACUCGUGCCGCCUCUACUCGCGUAAGGCGCAGUACGGGUGGGGGUGGGACUGGGGACCGAUUGUGAUGACUGUCGGCCCGUGGCGCGACGUGCGCUUCGAGACGUACGAGUAUACCAUCCGCGAGUUGCGUGUCGACGCAGUGCUCGGCGGAGACGUGUUCGACCAACCCUCGCUUUCUGUGCACGAGCUUGAGAUCGAGCCCCAGCUACCGACCGACGCGAGGGUCGUGUACACGCUCACCAGCUCGGACGGAGCAGUUGUCAAACAGGAGAUUCUUCCGCAUGGCGAGCUCGCCUCGUGGGAUCUCGCCGGCACCGUGGAGGCAUGGUACCCCAUCCACUACGGCAAGCAGCCGCUCUACUCGCUCCACGUCGCGGUCAUCAAUGGCAACGGGGACGAACUGGCAAGCACGUCUCAACGCGUUGCCUUCCGUGACGUCCAGAUCAUCCAAGCCCCGCUCGACGGGGCGGAGGGCACAUCCUUCGUCUUCCAGGUCAACGGCGUGCGCGUGUUCUGCGGCGGCUCGAACUGGAUCCCCGCCGACUCGUACCUCACCAACAUCACGCCUGAGCGGUACCGUGCCUGGGUCGACCUGCUCGUCGCAGGCAACCAGAACAUGCUCCGAGUGUGGGGUGGAGGCGUGUACGAGCCCGACGUGCUGUACGACGCGUGCGACGAGGCCGGCGUGCUGGUCUGGCAGGACUUCAUGUUCGGCUGCGGCGUCUACCCCGCGUUCAAGGACAUGAUCAGGAGCGUGCAGGCCGAAGCUGAGUCUGUGGUCAAGCGGCUGCGCCCGCACCCAUCGGUCGUGAUCUUUGCUGGUAACAACGAGGACUAUCAGGUCGCCGAGGAGGCCGGGCUGGUCGACUACGACGACAACAGCGGCGAGUACCUCAACACGGGGUUCCCAGCGCGUCACUUCUACGAGGUGCUCCUCCCCGAAGUCGUUCGCCGCCUCAGCAACGUCUUCUACUGGCCCGGCUCGCCCUACGGCGGCAAGGUGUGCGGCGACCUGACCGUCGGCGACCAGCACCAGUGGAACGUAUGGCAUGGCACCCAGGAGCCCUGGGCGAACUGGGACAAGCUCGCCGGCCGCUUCGUCUCCGAGUUUGGCAUGCAGGGCUACCCCGAUAUCCGCACUGUGCGCGAGUGGUUCGCGCCAGGCCAAGAGAAGGACCAGUGGUUCCCCCAGUCGACCGUCAGCACGCAGCACAACAAGGCGACCGGGUUCGAGCGCCGCCUCGAGCUGUACCUCAUGGAAAACUUCCGUCACGCCUUCGACAUGGAGAGCUACAUCUUCUACACGCAGAUCAUGCAGGCCGAGUGCCUCGCCGCGGCGUACCGGCUGUGGCGCCGUAACUGGAAGGGCAAGGGCAAGGAGUACACAGCCGGCGCGUUGGUCUGGCAGAUUAACGACUGCUGGCCGUGCGUGUCUUGGGCAAUCUGCGACUACUACCUGAGGCCGAAGCCAUCGUACUUUGCGAUCGCGCGUGAGCUGCGACCGUACACCGUGGGCAUGACCCGCAAGGAGAUCAAGACGCCGCGCGACUCGACCACGGCCGCGUUCUACACCAUCCGACACGAGAUCGAGCUGUGGGGCUGCAACUCGACGCUCGAGGUGAAGAACGCGACUGUCGAGCUGGUGUCGUUCGACCUGCACGACGGCCUGGUCGACAGGCGCGAGUUCACUGUCGUGCUGCACCCUAACGCGUCGACCGAGAUCUGGAAGGGCGACGUCCCAGGCCAGCCGGUCCUCACGAGCCUGUCCCAGACCCCGCGCCCGAUCGUCGUCCAGGCCAUCCUGCGCGACGGCGACAGCGUCCUCGCGCGCUACUCCAACUGGCCUGAGCCAUGGAAGUCGCUCACGUUCCCGGAGGCCAAGCUGAAGCUCGCGGUCAAGGGCGACGAGGUGACCGUCAGCGCCGAGAAGCCGAUCAAGGGCCUCGUGCUCGACGUCGAGGGUGACGCCGAGGUGCAGUGGUCCGACCAGGCGCUGGAUAUCAUGCCUGGUGACCCGCAGGUCGUCGUGGCCAAGGGGCUCAACGGGCGCAAGGUCACCGCGAGGUACCUCGGCGACGGGAGCGCGUGAUAGAAUACAAGACAUGCAAGCAGUUACUUCUGAG